AUGAAAUCUGCCAUUCUAAAGAAACACGAAAGUCAAUAUACACAAAGAACUUGUAGGUUAACAGAACGUUUCUCUGCUAACACAUUCUUUAGCAGCUUCAAGGCGCUAUCUACACUUGAUGUAUGUUAUUUUCUCAUUCAAAUAAUUUAUUAG